GUCCGCAACGGUGGGACGGACUGCCCCUGCCCUCACAGCCCGUGAUAGCGCCAGCGGAAGCAACAAAGAGCCGCCCUCCCGGUUCUCUGCCACCUGCGAUGGCAGUGCUGACUCACUGCAGGUCUCCUUUGACGUGCGGACGGGACAGGCUUCGGUGAACGGCUACAGCCUCUUCUCGCUGGACCUCUCGGAUGGCACCCUCAUUGUGGCGCCGGAGUCAAACCUCUCCAACAUCUUUGACGAGCUCCAAGACAAGCAGCAGCGGGCACACAUCGACUUCGCAUGCACCAUCUGGGGCCACUAUGAGUGGCAAGUGGGUGAAGCUGUAGUGCCUGUCAAAGGCCAGAUCACCAUCCGUGUAGAGGACGACGUUUGUUGGAAGCCGGUGGCGUGGGGGGACACAUUGUGGUACAGGCCUGAAGAGUCAAUUUUCGACGUCCAGUCACAAGCCCAGUGCCGCACGGCGUGCCGCAGAGCUCCGAAUUGUGCUUUGUACUUCUACUACAUUGGAAAUUUGGAGUGUGCUUUCGUGGCGCCAUGCGGCUGGGGGGCAGCCGUGGGCUGCGAUCCGUAUGAUGAGGGACAGGGGUAUGUCAUAAUUGAAAAGAUUGCCAACUGCAGCCAGGGGAGCAGUUGUUUGGUCUUCUCAGGCACUGACCCAGUCUGGCUGUACGCUGGCGUCUACUGCCCGCUCUCCCUAUCGCUGAACCCAGAAACUGGCCAGAAAACGGGCUAUGUCUACCACAAGACUGGCCUAACCGAAGAAGCUUCCUUUUACCUGCAGCCGGCGGAGGCAGUGGAGGGUUUACAAGGGUCUCCAUGCAGUACAGGGUCAGGCCCUCAGAGUCUUCAAGUCGUCAGUGGCACUGAAGUCUACGCCAACUUGAGUCAGUCAAACUCAAUACGCUCGAGGUGGGAUGUGUAUUUCAGUUAUAUUUAUUGCCAUCGUUUGGCAGGAAGGGAAAGGCUUCGGGCAGCAGCUUCAUAG